AUGACAGAAGGCCUAAACUACUGGCAAGACAGCAAUCACCUUACAGACUUGUACCGGAAAGAAGAGGUCGUCACGGUAACUUCAGCUGGGGGAGCCAUCCAGAGCCCCCGCUUCCCGAACGCCUACCCCCGGAACCUGCAGUUGUCAUGGAAACUACUGUCGCCCCACAACACCCGCAUCGUCCUGGAGUUUGACUCCCACUUUGCGCUGGAGGAACCAGAGAACGAAGUCUGCAGGUAUGACUUUGUGGAGGUGGAGGACAUCUCAGAGACCAGUACCGUUAUCUGGGGGAGAUGGUGUGGUCAGAGAGUCCCCCCUCGCCUCACCUCCAAAACCAACACCCUCAAAGUCACCUUCAAGUCAGAUGACUUCUUCGUGGCCAAGCCUGGCUUCAAACUCAACUACUCUCUACUGCAUAAUUCUCCUCCUACAGCAUCCAGGACUAACUGGGAGGCUGUGACCCAGAUGGAUGAUGCUCCGUCAGUGUUGGCUCCAGCGGUGACUGAUGUUCCUCUGACAGCAGCAGCGUUGGACCAGACCAUAGCAGCCUUCAACACAGUGGAGCAGCUCCUCCGCCACCUCAACCCUGACAGCUGGAGACAGGACCUGGACAGCUUGUACAGAGAGACAGCCAUGUACAGACCCCGGGCCUACCAGCACAAUGGCAGACAGAACAAGAUUGACCUGGACCGUCUGUAUGAUGACGUGAAGCACUACAGCUGUACACCUCGGAACUACUCUGUCAACCUGCGAGAGGAGCUGAGGGCCACCAACGCCGUGUUCUUCCCACGAUGCCUACUGGUGCAGCGCUGUGGGGGGAACUGUGCCUGUGGGACGGACAACUGGAACAGCUGUACCUGCAGCCCGGCCAAGACCAGUGACAAACUACACGAGGUGUUGAAGUAUGCUCCUGAGGUGGGAGGUUAUUCGCGGCGUCGGACAGCUCGUGUCCGCUGGGUCCUAGAGGAGGUCCAUCUCAUGCACCACGAGCGCUGUGACUGUGUUUGUCCCUCCAGACCACCCCGCUGAGAGACAAUGGGACAGGGGGACCCAGCUCUGGGUUUAACUGCUGUUUAUAUCUCCAUAUCUCUCUUUGUAGCGCUCCCCUGCCAUCCAUCCACAUAACAACCUGUUACAAACCUAGUUACAACAUCAUCCAUCCAUCAUCCACAUAACAACCUGUUACAAACCUAGUUACAACAUCACCCAUCCAUCAUCCACAUACCAACAUGUUACAAACCUAGUUACAACAUCAUCCAUCCAUCAUCCACAUAACCUGUUACAAACCUAGUUACAACAUC